AUGGAAGAAGACUCUCUGACUAGAGCAAUACCAUUGCUUCUGCAGGCACUCGAGCUAAGAAAAAAGUACAUGCGAAUUAGCAAGCAGAACAAGUCUUGGAGCAAGUAUCCAGUUCCAGGCGGCAUAUAUGCAGAAAAAAGCAAUGAUCACUGGAGCUUGAUUAAUGAUGAUGUAGCGAUACCCUCCAUUGCAGACUACCACAGAGAUGCAGAGUUUAUUACAUCGCUGAUCCAUAACGGGCCUUUAAAAACGUUUUGUUUUCAGAGAUUAGAAUAUUUAGAGCUGCAGUUUAAAAUACACACAAACGAAUUUGCACAUAAAGAGAAAAUGGAGCAGAAGACCCUUUCCAACAAAGACUUCUAUAAUGUGGUCAAGGUAGAUACACAUCUACACCACUCUGCCAGCAUGAAUUCUAAGAAGCUACUAAUAUAUAUUAAGAAGAAGCUAAGAGACUUUCCGCAUGAAACAGUCUACAAGGACAAGGCUGGGAAGCUGCACACGCUGCAGAAUAUAUUCACGGGAAUAAACAAAACAGUUGAAACCCUGUGCCUUGAUAGCCUGGGGACUCAGUCAAAUCUGGAGACUUUCCACAGAUUUGAUCGGUUUAACUCAAAGUACACUCCAUACGGGAUCCCUAUUCUGAGAGAGGUUUUUCUAAAGCAUGACAACUACAUUGGAGGGAAAUAUUUGGCAGAGCUGACACAGGAGCUAGUCGAUGAAAUUGAAGAGAAAGAGUAUCUGAAGUGUGAGUGGGGAAUAUCACUAUAUGGCAAGAAUAGGAACGAGCUUGAAGUGCUCUGCAGAUGGAUAGCCAGAAACAGGUUGUAUAAUAAAAACAUUAAAUGGUAUCUGCAGGUACCUCGGCUGUAUGGGGUUUUUAAGGGCUACGGCGCCGUAAAGAACUAUGCAGAGUUUCUUAGUAAUGUGUUCAGUUGCGUCAUUGAGUCAGCAAACAGGCCUGGUGUAGAUGCCAAAGAGGAAUCUGCUCCAACUGAAGAGGGCACAGAGCCUGGCAAAGAUACAAUUAUCGAUAGAUUUAUGUCUGAGGUAGUGGGAUUUGACUCUGUUGACGAUGAAAGCGUGAAAACCAAAAGAAACAGCUCUGAGAAGGACCCUCCCAGCAUGUGGAGCCAUAUGGAUAACCCGCCAUACUCCUACUAUAUUUAUUACAUGUACUACUACACUGCGCUGAUAAAUAGACUUAGAGUAAGCCGAAAGAAAGCCCCACUCGCAUUUAGACCACAUUCUGGUGAGUCUGGAGAAACAGACCACUUGGUGUAUUCAUUCUUGACUGCCAAAAGCAUUGCUCACGGUGUAAAACUAAGAAAGUCUCCUGUUUUGCAGUAUCUGUACUAUUUGUCACAAAUCGGCAUCUCAAUGUCGCCGCUUAGCAAUAACUCCCUGUUCAUAGAGUAUAGAAAGAAUCCGUUCCCUUUAUAUUUCCAGCGGGGUCUGAACGUGUGCCUGUCCACUGAUGAUCCUCUGCAGUUCCACUACACAAGAGAGCCUUUGAUGGAAGAGUACAGCAUCGCGUGCCAGAUAUGGAAGCUAUCCUCAUGCGACCAGUGCGAGAUAGCCCGAAACAGUGUGCUCAUCAGCAACUACACAAAAGAGGAAAAGACUAAGUGGAUAGGGGUGCAUGAGGUAAACGGAAGGCUUGUAAACGACCAGACCAUGACAAAUGUUCCUCCAACAAGAUUUAACUAUAGAGCAAAGCGAAUUUCCGAAGAGUACAAGAUUCUUCAGAAAUACUCAUAUGUAAGACAGUCACCUGCAGUAUAA